GCACGGUGCAGAAACUGGGUCCGAUGCGUAUUAGUGGCUACAUAGACUCACCUCUUCAAAGUUUCGAGCAGCGGCUCAGGGCCCAAGCGGAGGGGACCCAGCGUGGGCUGGACUUGAGCGAUUGAUGGUAUCUUCUGACCAAGUGUCCUAGUGGAAGAGGCGGCCAAGGAAAGGUGCCAGAGCAGAGGCCCUCAGGGCCUCUAAUCGUAGCCUUUGUCGGGUAGAAGAAGGGAGUCUAGUUUGAUCAAGUUUGUGCUCUUCGGUUGCUUCAUUCUGUGCGCUCAGAAUGGAGGCCAAUAUGAAGCUUGCAGUGGUAGAAGAUGCUGUGGAGUACUGUCUGUUCCUGAUGCCAGAUGAAGCAAGAGACACAGAAGAACCCAAAGAGAUUCUUCAGAAGUACAUUGAAAGAAUAAUGACCCACUUUGCACCUAUACUGGUGCCUUAUAUCUGGCAGAAUCAGCCUUUCAAUCUCAGAUAUAAACCUGCCAAAGGAGGUGUUCCUGCCCAUAUGUAUGGCAUGACAAAGUUUGGAGAUAACAUUGAGGAUGAAUGGUUUAUUGUUUAUGUAAUAAAGGAGAUUACAAAGGUAUUUCCAGAGUUAGUAGCAAGGAUUGCAGACAACGAUGGUGAAUUCUUGUUAAUAGAAGCUGCUGACUUUCUCCCUAAGUGGUUGGAUCCUGAUAAUAGUGCCAAUAGGGUGUUUUUUCAUCAUGGGGAGCUGUGCAUUAUUCCUGUGCCGAGGAAAUCUGGAAAAAUAUCCUGGCUACCCACCACACCUCCAACAAUCCAACAGGCUUUGAGUAUUAUCUCAGCACACCCAGAAGCUGUGUUAGCUUCAGAAUCUGUACGAGCUGCCGUGGACAGGCGCAUCAGAGGGUACCCAGAAAAAGUUGAAGCUUCCCUUCAUCGGGCACACUGCUUCCUUCCAGCUGGCAUUGUGGCCGUGCUCAAACAGAGACCCAGACUGCUGUCUGCUGCAGUCCAGGCCUUCUAUCUCCGGGACCCUAUUGACUUGAAAGCCUGCCGCAUAUUCAAGAAGUUUUUGCCUGAAACAAGAAUAAUGGCAUCUGUCACUUUUACUAAAUGUCUGUACGCACAGCUGGUACAACAGAAGUUUGUGCCAGACCGGCGGAGUGGAUAUGGGCUGCCACCUCCAUCUCAUCCCCAGUACCGAGCCCAUGAAUUGGGCAUGAAGUUGGCUCAUGGAUUUGAGAUUUUGUGCUCCAAAUGUAGCCCACAUUUUUCUGACUCUAGGAAAUCCCUUGUGACUGCUUCACCCCUCUGGGCCAGCUUCCUAGAAAGUCUGAAGAAGAAUGAUUACUUUAAGGGACUGAUGGAAGGCUCUGCGGAGUACCAGGAAAGACUAGAAAUGGCGAAGAAUUACUUCCAGCUCUCCAUACACCGGCCAGAAAGUUCGUUUGUUAUGAGUCCUGGUGAGGAAAUCUUAACCGUGUUGCAGACACUGCCGUUUGAUGUUGAGGAGCUCAGAAAAGAAGGCACUGAUCUUCCUCCUGAGGAUGACGAUCAGUGGUUAGACCUCUCACCAGACCAGCUGGACCAGCUGCUGCAAGAUGCUGCAGGCAGAAAAGAAUCACAGCCCAUUUCCCAGAAGGAGGAGGAGCAGAACUAUGAUGUAGUGCAGGUCUCAGACAGCGUGAAGGCCUUCAUCUCCAAAGUCUCAACCCACAAAGGGGCGGAGCUGCCCAGAGACCCUUCUGAAGCGCCAAUCACUUUUGAUGCAGAUUCUUUUCUUAAUUAUUUUGAUAAGAUUUUAGGAACAAAACCUCAAGAGUCAGAGUCAGACCCUGAUGAUCUGGAUGAAGAUGACUCCGGAUGUUUAGACAGUGAUGAUGACUUGGACUUUGAAACUGAGGACUCUGAGUCUCUGAAAGGAGCUCUUGGCAGUCUCAAGUCCUAUAUGGCCCAGAUGGACCAGGAACUGGCGCACACCAGCAUGGGCAAAAGCUUCAGUACCCGGAAGCAAGAAAAGGACCCUUCAUCCCAGACUGCAAAUAACAAUUCAGAUGAGGAAGACUCAGGUGCAGGAGCUUGCGUUGAAGCAGUGGAUGUAGAUCUGAACCUGGUUUCAAAUAUACUGGAAUCCUACAGCUCCCAAGCUGGCCUGGCAGGACCUGCUUCCAACCUGUUACACAGCAUGGGUGUGCGACUCCCUGACAAUGCUGAUCACAACCCCCAAGGAAAGCCAGUGAAGAGUUAGCCUGCACAUCAGCCGAAUCAACAAUAAAUUCUCAC